AUGUCUCCCUCAAUCUGCAACGUGGCUCUAGCCCUGGCCUUCGCAGCCACCGCACUGUCGGCUGUUCCUGGGGGAUAUGUGGGCUCUGGACGUUUGAUGGAUACACUGGUCGGUAGUCAGGAUUAUGUUGGGAGCUGUUUGGCCCAUUAUGCCGUUAACUAUUCGGAUACAUGCAUGUCCAUUGUCAACUUGCACCCCGACACCUUGAGCCUGAAUGAAUUCUACAAAUGGAACCCACAGGUCGAGAGCGACUGCUCAAAUCUUGUCCCGGGUGAGAAUGUCUGCUUACGCGCUGAUAGUCGCAGCUUUGGGAAUUAUCUGCCAGCAGCAAGCGGGGAGCACAUUAUGGGUUCCUGGUUGAAGGUUGAUGAGGAGCUUCGAUAA